AUGUGUGUAUUGAAACUCUUUUGGUGCAUAACCCAAUUCUUUGGCAUUGCUCUCGCCCAAAGUUUGAACGAUGUAUGCACGACAUCAUAUGUGGUAGCAUCGCUACCAGCGCCCGGCACAAUUCCUGGCAUCACAAUCGACAACUCCUCCGUCGCAGCCAGUCCCGUUGCUAAUGCCGAAGUCGCAAACGAAAACAUGUAUCCGGAUGCUGUCUUUGACUAUUGCAACGUCUCUUUUGCUUACUCUCAUGAUGGGAGAAAUGACCAGGUCUUGUUAUGGUAUUGGCUGCCGGCUCCGCAAAAUUUCCAGAACCGCUAUCUGUCAACAGGAGGUGGUGGAUACGCCAUCAACUCCGGCAAUGGCUCUCUUCCAGGCGGUAUCAUCUAUGGAGCUGCUGCUGGAGCUACUGAUGGAGGCUUUGGAAGUUUCAGCAUAAGCGCCGAUGAAGUGAUCCUGCUUGCAAAUGGGACAAUCAAUCGGGACGUGCUGUAUGCCUUUGGUUACGAAGCCAUCCAUGAGAUGAGCAUUAUCGGAAAGCAGUUGACCCAAAACUUCUUCAACAUGUCCAACACGAAGUUGUAUUCAUACUAUCAAGGAUGCUCCGAGGGCGGCCGCGAAGGAUGGAGCCAACUCCAACGCUUCGGUGAUCAAUUCGACGGUGCUGUGACUGUCGAACAAACAAUGAACUAUUUCCCGUCUCCAUGCGAAUUGCAAGCCAUCGUCAAUGCGACAAUCGCUGCCUGCGACCCCAUGGACGGCGAGACAGACGGCGUCGUGUCCCGCACAGAUCUAUGCAAGCUGAAUUUCAACAUCAAUUCCACAAUCGGAAAGGCAUACUACUGCGCUGCUGCUCCUGCUACCGCAAUGCCGCCAUCGCCAGCCACGCCGGUGCAGAAUGGAACAGUCACUUCUCAAGGCGUGGCCGUCGCCGCCACAAUUAUCGACGGCCUCCAUAACUCCAAUGGGCAACGUGCCUACCUAUCAUACCAACCGGCAGCGACUUUCGUGGACGCGCAGACGACGUACUCCAGCGCGACAGACUCCUGGGGUCUGUACAUAGAUUCUCUGGGCGGCGAGUGGGUUGAGAAGUUUCUCAACCUCCAGAAGGGGACCAACCUGCCUUCCCUGAACAACGUGACUUACGACACGCUGACACAGUGGAUGAUCCUAGGCUGGCAGCGCUACGAGGACGUUCUGCAAACAACGCGGCCGGACCUCACGCCAUUGAACAACGCAGGCGGCAAAGUCAUCCACUACCAUGGCGAGUCCGACAACAGCAUCCCCACAGCCUCCUCCGUGCGGUACUGGGAGUCCGUCCGCAGCAUCAUGUACCCUGGUCAGUCAUACAAUGACAGCGCAGCAGCUUUGAGUGAGUGGUACCGUUUGUUCCUCGUCCCGGGCGCGGCUCACUGCGCGCCGAACACUCUGCAGCCAAAUGGGCCGUUUCCACAGACCAACCUGGCAGUGUUGAUCGAUUGGGUUGAGAAGGGUGUUGUGCCGACGACUCUCAAUGCGACGUACCUCGCUGGCCAGAACCUGGGGCAGAAUGCGCAGAUUUGUGCGUGGCCUUUGAGACCAUUUUGGACGAACAAUGGGUCGACUUUGGAGUGUCAGUAUGAUCAGGCUUCGAUCGAUACGUGGCAUUAUGAUAUGAAUGCGUACAAAUUGCCUUUGUAUUGA